AUGCAAGACGUCUCCACUUGGCUCCGCGGGCUUGGGAAAGAUGCGCUGGCAGACAUCUGGGACACUCUGCUGCGCUUUGCGGAGGAGCCCGGCAAUGACGACGAAGGCGAAGCUCUGGAGCCCAUCACGGGCGCUUGGUACGUGCAGACCAACCACGUGGACGGCGCCAAAGAGCUUGUGGCGCUUCAACCUGUAGACAGGCUUGGCAUCGUGGAAGCUCGUUUCGCGUGCGAGCAGCACCCCGUGAUCCGGAUGUUUGCCCUGUCUGACUUUGGCCGCCACGCGUACCGUUCGCAGAUCUUCUGCUCCAAUGCAGCCUUCUCAUAUGCUGCGCUGGUUCCGAACGCGAAGCCCCGCAAAGUACCACUCUGCAACCCGCAGUUCGCCGGGCGAAUAGGCUUCUUGCCCUCCAUGGAAUCCAUGGCCCUGUUUGACGACGGCAAGCGGCUGUGGGUGCCUCCUGUGGCGCUACAGGGCCUUCUCCCCGCAGUGCUCACGGAGGGUUGCCGCUUCUGGGGCAUCUGCGACGGCGACAGCGCUGUGAGCUUCGUAGGACGCUAUAGGCAGUGGUUGGGGAAAGCAUUUUGGGUGGAUGGGAUCAAGAGGUCGGGCCGCUACUCCCGGGGCCUUUCGAGCAAAUGGUGCCUAGCCUCUGCUUCCCUUGCAACCGUAGAAGAUCGUAGAAGCGUCGAAACACUAAGUACUCUUGCAGACUUUUCUUCCUCGCCCGCGGCUCAAGCAUGUCGCCAACUGGACCGUCUCCACAUCAUGGUCGGAGUCCCAGAUGAACCUGUGGUAUCCUGUGGUACAACGAGCUAUGCCGCUACGCUCCCUUCUGCCAGGGCACUGGAGCUAAUGCGAAUUGGCUAUCAAUGUCUACCGGCCCUUGCCACACUCACAGGCCUCUCCACCCGUGCGUUUGCUGCAUCGCCCGUGCGGAGUUCUCCGCUCCAGGCAAGCACGUACGUGGCGCCUCCGCGACAACUGUCCUUCUGCAAGGGCCUGCCCUGCUUCCAGCAGACCAGCGCGCGCACUGCGAGCGCUCUGGCGGCCGUAGGCGAGUCUCAGGCGGCAGGCUUCGGAAUUGCUGCCCUCUCCUCCUUUUUCAACGGAUCCUUUCCGGCAUGCCAGCGCCUCCCAAAGGGAGAGCCUCUUGACCCCGUCCUCUUCAAUGGCUUGGUUUGUGUUGGCGUCUUCUUGUCGUCCCUUGUCGUUCCCUUUGUGUUCAACGUGCCCUUUGUAUUCACCGCGGGCGGCGCGUUGGGCGGCGUGCUGUUUGUCUUCGCGGCCCUCUUCAGCUUUGUUGCCAUUCCGAGAGCCGGGUUGGCCACCGCACAGGCAGUUUGGUCCUGCUCGGCCAUCAUCGUGUCUUUCGGGUGGGGUGCGAUUGGUCCAGCUGAAGUGGCGGCACCUGUGGCCGAUAUCACAGGCAGCAUCGCCGCUUUGGCUCUUCUCAUCGCAGGGGCGCUGGUCAUCGUCAAUUGCGAUGGCAUUGCCAAGGGCCUCUCUGGCGAGUCUGCUCGAGAAGCAUCCGCAUCAGGUGAGGCGUCGUCAGGGUCUGGCGAGUCUGGCGGUGAGCGCACCGCUGGGAUUGCUUCCGCGCUGGCAGUUGGCAUCUUCGGCGGCUCUGUGCUAGUCCCUUUCAAGUUCAUCCCGCCGGAGGCAGCAGGUCUGACGGCCAUACCGUCCUUCGGACUAGGCGCACUGCUGGCAGGCGUGGUGGUGACCUUGGGAUACUGGAAAGCCGUGAAGAAGGAGAAAGACUGGCCGGUGGUUGCCAGCGAUCAGAUCUUAGCAGGUUUGGCCAGCGGCUUGCUCUGGAAUGCCGGCAAUGUCUGUUCAGUGAUUGCUCAGAGCCCGCCAUUCUCUUUGCCGUACGGAGUGGCUUACCCCAUCCUCCAAUGUGCUUUGUUUUUCGGCGGGCUGUGGGGAAUCUAUGCCUUCAAGGCCAUGGCGCUCAGGUUGAAUGCUUGA